AUGCUGGCAGCUAAAAUUAUUCCCCGUCCCUCAAUCACUCAAACCCUAGCAUUCCCAAACCCUAGCAUCAAAACCUUGCAAAAACCCUCAAUUCUAUCCACUCCAUGCCUCAAAUCAUCCUCUCAAUCUGUCCUCACAGAAUCCCUAUCAACAACCCCUGCCAAUGCCCGCGUCAAAAUCCUCUCCGAAGCCCUGCCGUUCAUCCAGAAGUUCCGUGGGAAGACUGUGGUGGUGAAGUAUGGAGGGGCUGCGAUGAAAUCCGAAGCGCUUCAGAGAUCCGUGAUCACUGACCUCGUCCUCCUCUCCUGCAUCGGACUCCGUAUCGUGUUUGUCCAUGGCGGAGGACCUGAAAUCAAUCAAUGGCUCAAUCGAUUGGGCAUUAAGCCUAAUUUCCUCAACGGUCUACGUGUGACAGACGAAUCGACUAUGGAGAUUGUGUCGAUGGUUUUAGUUGGAAAGGUUAAUAAGAAUUUGGUUGCUUUGAUUAACAAAGCCGGUGCGACAGCUGUUGGAUUGUGCGGAACAGAUGGGAGGAUUUUCACUGCUAGUCCUUCUCCGAAUGCUGCUCAGUUAGAUGGGACUGGCCAGUCUUAUAAUAUAAAUGCUGAUACGGCGGCAGGGGAGCUGGCAGCAGCUUUGGGGGCUGAGAAGUUGCUUUUGUUGACUGAUGUAGCUGGGAUUCUUGAAAAUAAAGAUGAUCCUGAGAGUUUAGUGAAGGAAAUAGAUGUGAGAGGAGUGAAGAAGAUGAUGGACGAUGGGAAGAUUGCUGGUGGUAUGAUCCCAAAAGUGAAUUGCUGUAUAAAGUCACUGGCUCAAGGUGUUAAAACAGCAAGUAUUAUUGAUGGGCGACUGGAACACUCUUUGCUGUUGGAGGUUCUCACGGAUGAAGGGGCUGGAACUAUGAUUACUGGGUAA